AUGGCCUCUGUUAGCAUGUACCUUCCCGCUAACACCGCUACUGGCUGCCGGCUAUCCGCCACCCACGGCCACUACAAGCACGGCAGGGAUGCUAACCCCGGCUACCACCAGCGCGACAGCGGCUCUCUCCACGGCCACCUCCAGCAUGGCAGGGAUGCUAACCCUGGCUACCACCAUCGCGACAGCGGCUCUCUCCACCACCAACCCGGCAGGGAUGCUAACCCCGGCUACCACCAUCGCGACAGCGGAUCUCUCCACCACCAGCUCGGCAGGGAUGCUAACCCCGGCUACCACCAGCACGCGGCUCUCUCCACGGCCACCACCAGCACGGCAGGGAUGCUAACCCCGGCUACCACCAGCAUGGCAGGGAUGCUAACCCUGGCUACCACCAGCACGGCAGGGAUGCUAACCCCGGCUACCACCAACGCAACAGCGGCUCUCUCCACGGCCACCACCAAGGCAGUAGCCAUGCUACCCUCGGCUCCGCAUACCAACACAGCUAAGUUUCAGCCUAAAGUCAACGACACCAUCUUGGCCCCGAGAGUCUCCUCUGAGCCGGCUGCGAAUCUCCACUUCUGCACCUUCCAGCCGCUGACCCCUCUGGAGGCUCUGGAGGAGCGCCUCCUCUUGGACUCCACCGCCUGGCCUGAAACACCAGCUCUUGUUUCCCUGCAGCAGACCAGUGAUCCAGCUCACAGCAGCUUCACCAUCCUCCCAAGGAGGAGAGGAGGACAGUGGCAUGUCGGGGAUGAGCUGGAGGUCAUGAUACAAGCCUCUGACUUCCAGGGUCGUCCCAAGAAGUCCGGGGGGGAUUUCCUACUCGCCCGGCUGCACAACCUGACACUUGAAGCCGGUGUUGUCGGGCAGGUAGUGGACCAUCUGAACGGGAGCUACUCGGCUGUCUUCUCUUUACUCUGGGAAGGAGACGCUCAGGUUGAGGUGACGCUGGUUCACUCCAGUGAGGCCAUCUCGGUGCUGGACCGAGUGACCAGAAACCAGCCGGACCGGAUGUUCUUCAAGAGCCUCUUCCGCUCAGACUCACGCUCUCAAGCCACCGUCUGCAACGUCUGCCUCCGGCCCAUCCGGCCGCUGUGUAACUUCACGGACCUCCGCACGGGGGAACCGUGGUUCUGUUACAAGCCCAAGAACCUGAGCUGUGAUGCCAGGAUCAGCCACUUCAGGGGAGGAUUCAAACAACCACUCAAGGCCAAGGAAAAGGAGCUCUUUCAAAGUAAAGUCAACAUGAAAGUCUCCAUUCAGGCUUCAGGACCUUCCAAUGUCACUGUGUUGCCACUAAAGGGAGGUCAGCUGAAGGUGAAGAGCAGCACUGUGACACCUGGACCGUCUGGUUAUUACUACCAGGGUUUGUGGCGAGGACUAACUGGCACCACAGUUCGACAUUUCGACGAGGCUGCCAUCACUAAGUGUCUGAAAAACAAGGUGGUCAACAUGUAUGGAGACUCCACCAUCAGGCAGUGGUUUGAAUACCUCAAGGCAGCCCUACCAGAUCUUAAGUCGUUUGAUCUUCACAGCUCAACGCAAGGUGGACCUUUUAUGGCCUUAGACCAUGGAAACAACAUCUUGAUGAAGUUCCGCUGCCACGGUCCUCCUUACAGUUUGGCCAACAUCCCAACUAGAGAGCUUCGUUACAUUGCUAAUGAGAUAGACGGCUUAGUUGGAGGCACCAACUCUGUCGUAGUCAUUGGCAUCUGGGUUCACUUAAGCACUUACCCCACGGCCAUUUACAUCCGGAGGGUACAGACCAUCCGCAGGGCGGUGGUGCGGCUGCUGGACAGGGCUCCAGGAACGCUGGUCUUCAUCCGGACCGCAAACCCCAAAGUUAUGACGCUUUACGAGUCACUUACUAAAAGCGACUGGUUCUCACUGCAGCGUGAUCAGGUGCUCAGAGCCAUGUUCAAAGGACUGAAUGUCCAUCUGAUCGAUGCUUGGGAGAUGACCCUGGCCCACCAUCUGCCGCACCACAUCCACCCGUAUCCUCCCAUUAUUAAGAACAUGGUAAACCAUAUCUUGUCCUACAUUUGUCCUCAGAAGGCUGGCUAGUUGUGUUGUUUGUUGAUGUCACAUUCUUUCUGAGUUUCUACCAACUGCCUUCUAAAAGCAGUCCAUGUUAAGACUAACAAUCGAUCUCUAAUCAGGGAGUGUUGAGCGAGUACAAAAAUACAAACCUGUUUGCUGCCUUUAAUUAAACCGGAUUCAACAACAAUCAAUUUCUGCAUCUCACUACUGCCUUUUAUAAAUCUUCUUUUCUUUUGCAUUAUGUGUUGAUGCUUUUGUGGAAUAUGCCUACUAUGAACUAUUCAUACACUCUGUCAUAUUCAUUGAAUGUAUUUUAACUCUAAAUCUGUCCUUCUGUACACAUCUGUAUUGUGUUGUGUUGUAAUGUAUAUUUUGUGUCAGCACAGAGACACUUUACCUAGUCAAAUUCCUUGUUUGUGCAAACUUACUUGGCCAAUAAAACUGAUUCUUAUUCUGA